UCAAAACCGAGAGGGAGGUUGGUGCCUCCCUCAGAGCCGAGUGCGGAUGGCGCUGGUGUGGCGCCUCAGGAGGAGGACUGUCCUUCUCCUGCCGCUCCUCGGAGUGGCCCUUUUCCCUCCGGAGGCUGGGAGCUCCUUCUCACACUCCCUGCGCUAUUUCUGUACAUCUGUGUCAGAGCCUGGUGAGGGAUUGCCUCAGUUUAUUGCUGUUGGAUAUUUGGACAACCAGGUUAUUUGUCGGUAUGACAGCAACUGCAGGAGGUCCUCGGCACAAGCACCCUGGAUGGAAAAGGCAGAUGCACAGUUCUGGAACACAGAGACCGAAAUAAUGCAGUUCAAAGAAGAAGAAGUCAGAGAACACCUGACAACCUUAAUGCAUCACUACAACCAGAGCGAAGGGUUUCACACCUUGCAGGUGAUGUAUGGCUGUGAGCUGAGAGGAGAUAGGAGCAAAGGAGGAUAUUACCAGUAUGCCUAUGAUGGGAGAGACUUCAUCAGUCUGGACAAGGAGACCCUCACCUGGGUGGCAGCUGAUGUGCAAUCCCAAAUUCUUAAGAGGAGGUGGGAUGCUAACCCUCUCAUUGCUGAUUUCACAAAGGCCUACCUGGAGGAGACCUGCAUUGAGUGGCUGAAGAAAAACUUGGACAAUGGGAAGGAGACACUGCUGAGGUCAGAGCCUCCUGUGGGGAAGGUCACACGCCGGGCAGUUGGAGGUGGCAAUGAAGUCCUCAUCUGCCAGGCCCAUGGCUUCUACCCCAAAGAGAUUGAAACCACCUGGAGAAAAGGGGAAGAGAUCCUGGAACAUGAGACCUUCCGCAGGAACAUCGCUCCCAACUAUGAUGGGACGUACCAUACUUGGCUCAGCAUUGAGAUUGAUCCCAAGGAGAGGGAUCUCUACCUGUGCCACAUGGAUCAUGUCAGCCUGCCAGAGCCUCUGGUCUUGGCCUUCAAAGAGCCUGGAGACAACAUAAUUUUCAUUGUGGGAGCUACCUCGGGGAUCUUGGCUACUCUCAUGCUGGUUUCUGGGCUUGUCUUCUUCAUACAAAAACGACAAACAAAAUUAAAGAAAUGGCCAGAGAUAUGCCAGUACCCAGGCGACAGUAAAAUACCAAGAGUCAGCAGCGUGGGUUCUGACUGUUCCACAAAGCCUCUCCACCCAGAAGAUGAUGGAUAUUCUAGCUCAGAAAGCAACCAGAACUCUACCAAGGAAUUAUUGGCCUAAAUAUAGACCAGAAAGAGAAAUCCAGGGGUUUGGAAUUCUGUAUGCUAGCAGCUUCAGACAACAAAUGCUGUAUAUGUCUACCAGCUCCACCCUACAUGUCCUGAUAUGAGCUAAAGCAGGGGUAGGCAACCUUUUUGAGCCGGGGGCCGGGUUGCUGUCCCUCAGACAACUGGGGGGGCUGAAGCCAAAAAAUAAAUAGUUAAAUAAUUUUUUAAAAAUUUA